CCUUCCAAAUUUCCAUUUAAAAUGGAGCCAAUGAACAAAAAGAGGGAUUUUCAUUGUCUCUUGCAUUCUCACGAUGAUCAAGAACAACCCCUCAAAAGAAUCAACUUCCUCACUCUAUCUUGGAUUGUAGCUGACUUUUCGUCUCCGAACACAUUGGCUCGUUUUGAAACUUUUAUUCGCCCGGUGGUACGUGAGGAGGUGGAGACAAAGGUGGUGGCUAAUAACCCCCGACAAUCAUGUUCUUUAAGAACUUCCCAACAUGAAGCUGAAUUCGUUGUCGGAGGUGGUGGGUCUAAAAUGGUGAAGCUGAAGCUAUGUUUCCUCAACAAGCUUCUCCCCACCAUUUUCACCACCAACGACAUCGAAUCCGACAACGGCGAGCGACUACAAAUUGCACUAAUGGAUGUCACCGAUGAUUAUAAUCAUAAGAUUGUCGGGGCAGCACAUCCUUUGUCGUCGCUCUUGGUCGAGGUGGUCGUGCUCGAUGGAGAAUUUGAUGGUGAACGAGCUCACUGGAGUGUUGAAGAUUUCGAGAGAGGUAUUGUCACUCCAAGACUUGGAGGACGGCCUUACCUCGAUGGUAAUGAUAAGAGGAUUCGUUUGAAAAAUGGAGUUUUGUGGAUCAACAAUUUGUCCUUUAUCAUCAACUCUAAGAGGACCAGAACCGGAAGCUUUCGGUUGGGAGUAAAGGUCAUUGAUGAUGAAAUUUUGGGCAACAACAACUACUUGAGAAUUAGAGAGGCUGUUUCUAACUCUUUUAAAGUCAUGGAACAUAGAAGCAAAGGGAACAAUAAGCACCCUCCUUUAAUGGGAGAAGACGAAGUAUGGAGAUUGAAAGGGAUUAGCAAAACUGGUCAAUAUUACGAGCGCUUAUCUUCCGAAGGUAUUCGAACCGUGGAAAGCUUUGUGAAGGCUUAUAAAAGGGAUCCUCGUUAUCUAAGAAAGUUGUUAGGCGAUAGAGUUCCCGACAAGACAUGGAAGACAAUAGAGUUCCAGGUGAUAGAGUUCCACGCUGAAGCCAUGAGAGGUGCAGAAGUUGCCGACCAAAACCAGACAUUCUUGGACGAACUUGAAGAUGAUUGUAGUCAAAUGUUGUCAUGGAACAAGUAGGUACCCAAACCUAAGUGAUGCUCAUAAAUAUGAACCAACAAAUAUGUAUGACCAUAAAAUGAUUCUUUUUUUUUGUUUGUUUUAAGAAUGUUCUUUUGGUUUGUUUUUU